ACUGUGACGUGUCUGGGUUACUCCUGUCUGUGGUUUAACAGUCUGUCGGAGGCAAAUCAAACUAAAACCAACCACAAACAUGUCUGGACGCUCGGUUCGCGCUGAGACACGAAGCCGUGCUAAAGAUGACAUGAAGAAGGUCAUGGCGGUCAUUGAGAGGGUCAGAAGAUGGGAGAAGAAAUGGGUGACUGUCGGGGACACAUCUUUAAGGAUAUUCAAAUGGGUCCCAGUGGUGGAUACAAAGGAAAAGGAGAAGAGUAAGGCAGUCCCGGUUGGGGCAGUCAGGGAGCUGAAUCGCUUCUCCACGGAUCCAGCCUCAGAAAACCCACACUCAAGUCUUCUGGAUUUUCAUGAUGAGAACAGUAACCAGAGCUCCUUUUCUGAUGUGUACCAGCCCAAAGUGGACAGCAGCAGUAACUCCAGCCCCCAGCUCAGUGAACCUCUUAGCCCGAAGAAUCUGUGUGACUUCCGCACAGACGACUCCCAGCCUCCCACUCUGGGCCAGGAGAUCAUGGAGGAUUCAUCAUUGCCAAGUGAAUUGGCUGAUGAACCUCCAUUGCUGAUUAAAGAGGACCUGUUGCCCCUCACUGCUCAGGAGGAAGAGGAGUGUUCUGGAGCGCCACCACUGAAGAGAGUGUGUUUUGAGCAGAACUCAGUCCUGCAGAGCUCCCCCAUGAUGAGCUCCUCCAUGAUGACCUAACACACACUGCACUUAGCAUCCGGGUCGGGCCCAAUUCACUUAGGGCAUUUUGUUGAAUCUGUUGAAAAAUGUGCGUUUUCAAUGAGGAUACUUCUGGUUCACGACUUGAACUCUCAACAAACUUCCUGAAUUUGAAUUGAUUUGAACCCGGCCCUGCUUAGCUUUUAGUCAGCGAGUUGCACGACCACCAGUCUAUCCUCCGAUGACUGCAAUAGACACCAUUUUAAGGACCAGACAUAUUUGGUUAAAUUAAGGACCACCAUACUUGUUAUGAUGAUAUAUUGAAUUAAGUUUCUCCCUCAAAGGAUUUAUGAAUAUGUAGUUUAGUUUAGCCUAUUUUGUUUUGAAUGGAUUAACAGCCAAAUACAAAAUCAAAGCACCCUACCACAGAUAGAACAAUGAGACAGAUAUUUCACCGGAUGUAUAAUUGUGACGCAUCCACUUGGCGUUUCCACUCACUACCCAAUAUGGUAGUGAGAGGAAGCCGAGUGACCGGCAGUGGGAGAACAUGCAACAAGAUGGAUUUUGGCUGACAUUCUGCAUAUUUUCUCAUCAAUGAAACAUUUGAUCUCAAUACAAUUUUCUGUUCCCAAAACUAGAAUCUGUUAUGAACAGAGUGGACUACGUUUUGUAGACUUUAAUCUUCGCCAAAGUUGUAAAAAAUGGCAUUGUUUAGGAGUGCAAAGGCGAAUUAAGUUAUUGCACACACGCACUUCACAGAGUAGGAGUUCCUUAAAAUAAAUAUGCAGAUGUUUGCUAGAACGGGCUAAUAGGAUCUCGCUAGCUCGUGCUUGGCUCUGCCCACCUCCUUGCUUGUUCUUCCCACUAUGACUCACUUGUUCCCAUUGGAAACGACAGGCUGUGGUCUAUCUUGGUUUAGUUAUACAAAUCUUUGACUCUACUACAGCACACUCCUGAAGUAGUGCAGUGAGGUAGGUUAGAUGUCUGUCCUUUUAUUUUCUGUGAUUUGGGAAAUACAGUCUUCUGUCUCCAAAAUUUAACUUUUUGCGAAAACUAUUUUAAUGCAAAACAAUGAUGGGCCAUUUAUGAAGUAAUAGGUGAAUUCAGCUAUGGUUAGUGUUGAAUGGUUCAAGUAGGAUUGGCUUUAUUGUGAGUGCAGUUUCAUUUUGUGCCAUUGACACUUGUUACUCAAUGCUAGCUGUCAGGAUCUUUGUCACAGCAACAGUGAAAGAUAAAGUUGACAAUCGGCACUGCCAAUUUCUAAAUGAAGUGUCAACUCCGUCCAUCCGGGACACACUUGUGAAAAUCAAACACACUCAGUGCCUAAAUCUAAGUUUAACAUUGGAGAAUGUUUCAACAUUACAAGUACUGUAUGUGCUGUUUUUGGUAUGAACAUCACAUUCACUGAAUGAAGAGUUAAUUUAAAUUACUAGGUCCUUAUGUUUUGUCAUUUAUCUCUUAAAGAUGUUGACUUAGUAGUUAUUUAAGUUAGGGUUCAUUUGUAAAAUGAACACCCAUUGUUUUCCUCAGUCUAAAAUGGUGUUUCUUGAGCUAUUGUCCCUAGUAACCCAAGGAAGCACUUGUAUUUCUCAGAUAUUGUUUUAUGUCAUGUUUUACUUGAGUGAAAUUAGGAAAUUAUUUUAUCAGGUUAGCGUGUACACUGAAAAUGUGAUGUUAUUUGGGAGUGACUAUAAUACUUAAAUAGUAACCAAUUAUAUUUAUUAUAUAAAAUAUAUUUUUCUCUCUCUGACAAUCUAAAACAAUUGCACACAUUUGGCAACUGGGGCACAUUCAGUGGUUUGCCAUUUAUGAAAGAAAUGCUGUAAAAUUUGGGAGGCAAAAAGGUAACUCCCACGAUGUCACUAGUUAUUACCAAUUUAUAACAAUUACAAUUUUCAGUCUUAUUAUUUCAUAGUACUGUCAGUCUCUUGAUAAGACAUGAAUAUUUGCAGGGAUGCCAGUAUGUUGAAUGGGCAACUAAAAUGAAGGCAUUUACAAUGUGAUGACUUUUGUAUCCACAUUUUAAUGACCACCUUGCAGAUAGAUUCAUUUGGAGAUGGUAGGCUUAUUCUGCUAAUGCAUUAUUUUAUUUUUCAAGAAGGUAGUUUGGAGAAGAGUUUGUAAAAAGUACUUUGUAUUUUAUUGUAAUUUUCCAAGUAAAAAUGAUUUUAUAAAGGA